GCGGUUGUAUGCAAAACCCUAAAUUUGAACUUCAGUUACAGCAGGGUUCUUCAUCAUUGCCGUCUCGACGCCUUUGUGUCUGAUUUUUGACUAAUGGCUCCGAAGAAAGGUGUGAAGGCGGUUGCAACGAAGAAGAAGACGGAGAAGGUGGUGAAUCCGUUGUUCGAGAAGCGGCCGAAGCAGUUUGGGAUCGGUGGAGCUUUGCCUCCUAAAAAGGAUGUGCAUAGAUUUGUAAGAUGGCCUCAAGUUGUUCGAAUUCAAAGGAAGAGAAGGAUUCUCAAGCAAAGGUUGAAGGUUCCACCGGCUUUGAACCAGUUUACCAAGACACUUGACAAGAAUCUUGCAACAACCCUGUUCAAGAUGCUACUCAAAUACAGACCCGAGGAUAAAGCAGCGAAAAAGGAACGUCUUUUGAAAAGGGCUCAGGCUGAAUCAGAUGGGAAGACCGUUGAAGCAAAGAAGCCGAUUGUUGUGAAGUAUGGUCUUAACCAUAUCACUUACCUUAUUGAACAGAACAAGGCACAAUUGGUAAUCAUCGCCCAUGAUGUUGAUCCAAUCGAAUUAGUUGUCUGGCUUCCAGCACUUUGCAGAAAGAUGGAAAUCCCGUACUGCAUUGUAAAAGGGAAAUCUCGAUUGGGAGCUAUCGUUCAUCAGAAAACGGCUGCAGCACUAUGCUUGACCACAGUCAAGAACGAAGAUAAAAUGGAAUUCAGCCGAAUUCUAGAAGCCAUCAAGGCAAACUUCAAUGAUAAGUAUGAUGAGUAUAGGAAGAAGUGGGGUGGUGGGAUCAUGGGAUCAAAGUCUCAGGCAAAGACAAAGGCAAAAGAGAGAGUUUUGGCUAAGGAGGCUGCUCAGAGGAUGAACUAGAUGGCAUUUGGUCAUGUGUUGAGGUUUUUGUAUUUUUUUGUCUUUAAAACUUAUUUUUUAAGGAAUCCUGUAAUUCCAUUUUUGGAUUUAGGGAGGUUAUAUUUUUAUUCU